UACAGCUGGCUAACAUGGCUGACUAUUAAUAUGAAAGUAGGGUGUGUAUACACUGAAAAACAAGGGAAAAAUCUUCCAAUCGGCUGCACUUUCUAAUAGAUAUCUCAACCAAGACUUGAACUUGAACUUUGAGCAAAUUAUUUACUAUUUUGGAAUGAUAUGGGUGUCGAAUCAGACGCUGUAGAAUAAGCUUGUUUGUAACUCUAGAUGACAAAGGUCAAAACCAGCAAUGUGCUUCUUGUCAAAGAUUCUACGGUCUUGUUAGACAUUCUUCUUGAGACAUUCAUACAAUUUUUCUGGAUCUACAAGGUGCAUGGUUAAGGAGGAAACAGUAUAAUCUUACAUUAUUGGGAAGCCUAUCCGCUGUUUUGUUCGUCAGAGGAAAAGGAAAAGAAAAAAAUAUCCACCGUGGUUGGGAAUUUUGAAUAGAAAGUGAAUGAAUACGCGGAGCUCGAGAGAGCGGCGUUUGCGAUGGAGACAAGCUUAGAUAAAAUGGUUUUAUUUCGGGAAAGAGAGAUCAAUAAUACUACAGGGAGUACUGGAGAAUGGAUCCAUCGUUUUUGUACAAAAUUAGGAAACGAUUUCUUUUGCGAGGUCGACAAAGACUACAUCAAAGACCCUGCGAAUCUUGUCUCCUUGAAUGAGGAAGUAACAUGUUUUUCACAAGCGUUGAAUUUAAUCCUAGACAAGCCAGAUUUUGCCGACGAUGACUUUAUCCGAUUUUCUAAAAUAUCUUACCAAUCGUCCGUGUUGGACAAGACUGUAGCCAGAACCGCCGAGCACCUAUAUGGGCUUAUCCAUGCAAGGUUUGCCUUAACCGACAAGGGAUGCAAAAAAAUGCUUCAUAAAUACCUCAACGGGGAUUUUGGUCAUUGCCCUCGAGUUUUAUGCUCAAAUGCUAAUGUUUUACCGAUAGGAAUGUCCGAUCAGCCAGGAGAAGGAAUGGUUAAAAUUUAUUGUCCAAAAUGUUGCGAGGUAUACGAGCCAAGACAGCUGAAAUAUUGCUAUAUCGAUGGAGCAUAUUUUGGAACUGGACUUCCACAUAUGCUUUUUAUGGUCUUCCCUGAAUACAGACCAAAUCGUACCACAGAAAAUUAUACUCCAAAACUCUAUGGAUUCAAGCUACAUUCGUCUGCCUUUGAGCAAGAUAGCUCGGACAGCGAUAAAAAAGCGCUUUCGAAAAUGAAUGGCAAGCAUAUAUAACUCACAGCAGACUGCAAGGUUCCGAACAUUAUGUAAAAUACCCGAGAAAACAAGCCAUCAACUAAUGUAGCAUCAGCAGAAUUAAUCCCAAGCUGAAUAUUCAUAAAAUGUAUAUAGUUUUAACACCUAAUAAUAUAUAUAUAUAUACAUAAAGAGGUAAAUUUUUUUAAAAUUUAUUCUAAAUGUAUUAAGAACUUAAAGGUACAGUUUUAUAAAACGAUUCUGGGGAGGGAACUUGGGAUACGUCAUACUUCUGCAGCAAGAGUAAAAAAUCGAUACAAUUGCGGGUUAAAAAGUGCAAGGUUUAUAAAAUUAUAAUUAUAAUUUAAAAAAAAUUAAUUUCCUAUUAGAAGUAUGAAUAUUUUUUGUUAAGCAUUGAUGCUAGGGUUUUUUUCAUUGAAAAUG